AACCGUCGAAAAAGUUUUUAAACAUUUCAAAACAUUGAACUAGUCAUGUCUUAGUCGAAGUAUUUUGUGAAAUGCGAAUAAUCUUUUUGAUGAAUCAUAAAUUUAUUUAUUUUUCAUCUACUAAUGGAAAUCACUGCUAAAGAUGCUGGGUUCUAUUAUCAUUGAAACAAGUAGUAAUAAGGAUUCCUCAGAUUCUACAAUUAAUGUCAACGAUGCAUCAGGAAGCGAUUCUGAGCAGAAUAUAUGCAAUGGAGUCACCACUCCACAGCAGUCUACUUCAGAAUUUAAACAUAUUGAUAACUCCAUAUUUAAUACUAUUUCUAAAAUAGUUAAUCGUACAGCUAAGGUACCAGAAAUACAAGAUUUUAAAAUAGUGAAGCCUAUAAGUAGAGGAGCAUUCGGUAAAGUGUUCCUAGGUUAUAAGAAAACUAAUCCUGAUCAUAUAUAUGCUAUUAAAGUAAUGAAAAAAAAUGAAAUGAUUAAUAAAAAUAUGGCAUCUCAGGUAGUAAUAGAAAGAAAUGCACUUGCACUUGUUCGGAGUCCUUAUUGUGUUCAGCUUUUCUAUUCUCUUCAAUCUAUGACUACUAUUUAUUUAGUGAUGGAGUAUAUGGUUGGAGGUGAUCUAAAAAGUUUACUGGGAGUAUAUGGUUACAUGGAAGAGCCAAUGGCUGCCUUUUACACAGCUGAAAUUUCCUUGGCAUUAGAAUAUCUACAUUCUCAUGGAAUUGUACAUCGAGAUCUUAAGCCAGAUAAUAUGCUUCUUUCAAAAGAAGGGCAUGUUAAAUUAACAGAUUUUGGUUUGAGUAAAAUAUCAACUCUACAUCGUGAUCUUGAGAUUUCUGAUUUAGUUAACUGUACGCCUAGUUUAUGUGCACGAACUCCAGGCCAACUUCUCUCUCUAACAUCACAUCUAACAUUUGACUCUGGAGCUAAAUCAACAAUAAGUGGAAAUUCAAAUCUUCUAAACUCUAGUGAAAGAAGUAAUCCUGCAAUGGAUUUAUUGCCUGAGCUUCAAAUGAGAGCCAAUCAUCAUAAUUCUUCUAAUUCAAUUAUUUCUUCAGGUGUUCCAUCUGGUGAUUAUUCUCAUGUAUCUGGCGUGACACCUUUUCAAUCUGCUGAAGACAUACGAGUCUCAGCAUUUUCCAAUGAGAGUUCAACAGCUAGUAGUUAUCAUACAUGUGAGGCAUCAUCCUCAGCUGCAUCCUCAGAGGUAUUAACUACAACAGAGAAUUGCAACAACAGAAUUGAAGAAGAGGAUGAAUCGACUCUUGAGGCUGAACAAUCGCAACAGCUGCAGCAACCAUUACCUCACCAUACUAGUCCACUAAGCACAUGCAAGAAUAUCUUGGUAAGAGGCACAAAAAGAAAGAGGAUAAAUCAGUUGAUGCAAAGCACAGGUUUGACACGAGAAAUUUGCUUAAUCGGUUUGGAUGGCGAUUUAACCCCGAAGAGAAAGAAUUGUGGACAGACAUAUACUUGCAGAAGUCCACCAACAGCCGCAAUGACGAUUAUUCAUAAAAGCCAGGAAGCAGAUGGUACAGCAAAAAUGGAGGGAGACAGUGAAUCAGCGAGAGUAGCAUUUAGCACACCAGUUUCUUCGACAAAGCAACGACUUUGCAAUGACGAAGCUGUAUUCAAAAAGGAAGAGGAAAAAUCUUUACUUAUUAAAACGACAAGAUUUGAUUUGCCACCCACUAGUACAACAUCUGAUACUACAAACGAAGAUUUAAAUAUUGAACAUCACGUUCAGCACAGGUCACCACAGGAUAUAUCUCCUAUAAAGACACCAGCCUCUUCAGGCAAUAAUUUUACAACCUACAGAACGCCAAAAUCAGUGAGAAGAGGAACACAAGCUGGUAUUAAUCGUUCAGAUGAUAGAAUUCUUGGUACACCAGAUUAUUUAGCUCCAGAAUUACUUCUACGACAAGGUCAGUUACAAGUUAUCAUAUGGUGGGCAUUGGGUGUUUGUCUAUUUGAGUUCUGCACGGGUGUACCGCCCUUCAACGACGAAACGCCUCAAGCUGUAUUUACAAAUAUCCUUGCUCGAGAUGUACCUUGGCCCGAGGGUGAGGAGAGUUUAUCAGUGAAUGCAAUUGAAGCUAUUGAUGCUUUGCUUACGCUUGAUCAAAUUGCGCGCCCGACAGCCAAGGAAGUGCGUACUAUGAAACUCUUCCAGCAGUUCCCAUGGAAUGAGCCGCACAAGGCUAUGCCACCCUUUGUUCCUCAACCCGACGAUAAUUACGAUACAUGCUACUUUCAAGCUCGUAAUAUCUUACAACAUCUGAACGUUAGCAGCUGUGAUACAUGACCUAUAAUUUGUUGAACAUUGAAUUUACUCAAAGGAAUUUUAGACACAACGUUGUACAUUAUGAUUUUAAUUUUUCUAACGCUAGUUUUAUUAUUAUAUACGAGCGUAUGUAUAAAGUUAAUACGAAAGGCUGUUCCAAGACUUAUCAACUAUAGAAUUAUGAUAAGAACAUUAACAAUAAUAACUAAAAUGAAGAACAAUCAUUGUUAUGUGAUUUAAGAAUGAUAUUAGUGUAUACGUUAAGCCUUUAUGCUAAAUUUCAAUUUCGCACGUGUCUAAUUGUACCGAGAGGUACUUUAAUAAAAAUAAGACAUGUGCAAAACUAUGUGUACGAAAAGAGUCCUUUCAAAUUUUCAAUUCGUUUCGAAAAUAAUUACAGGUGUAAUAAGAUUCUUAUCAAAGAUAA